GUGUGCAUGCUGUCUGCAGCAUUCAGUUCACUGGAUGUUCUCUCUUCAUCAUCAGCAUCAAGCCUCCAGGUUUUCGAGAAGCACCAUGGGCGACCUAACUGAUUUGAAAUCUGAAAUCAAAGAUGCUUUAGAAAGUAACAAUACAGCUUUAGCUGUUGAAAAGAUCCAGAAAUAUUUGGAAGAACAGAAAGUUGUUCCUGUAAAUAUCGCCAUCACUGGAGAGUCGGGCUCUGGUAAAUCCACCCUCGUCAAUGCUUUCAGAGGAAUUGACAACAGGGAUGAGAGAGCUGCUCCAACUGGCUGUGUAGAAACCACCACAGAGGUCACAUCCUACUCCCAUCCUAAACAUCCCAAUGUUACCAUAAGUGAUCUCCCUGGCAUCGGCACCACAAAUUUUCCAGCUGCCAGGUACCUGGAGCAUGUUGGAUUUGAAAAGUUUGACUUCUUCAUUAUUGUCUCAUCUGAUCGCUUCAGAGAAAACGAUGUGAAGCUGGCCACGGAGAUUCAGAGGAUGGGGAAGAAGUUCUAUUUUGUUCGCACAAAGAUUGACGACAAUAUGCGGGCUGAGCAGAGAACUCAGAGGGACUUUGAUGAAAAACAGACCCUCCAAAGGAUAAGGAACGACUGCAUUCAAGGUCUGCAGAAACUAGGAAUCGAGUCCCCCAAAGUCUUCCUGGUGUCCGGCUUUGACCUUCAUCUGUAUGAUUUCAGUUCACUGCAGCAAACUCUUGCAAGUGAGCUUCCUGCACACAAGAGAGAUGCUCUGGUGUAUGCCAUGCCAAGUAUCAGCGAGGAGAUCAUCAACGCAAAGAAAACAGCUUUACAGGGUCUCAUACAGUACCACGCCACAGCCAUCGCCCUAGUGGCAGCUAUACCAGUUCCUGGGCUCUCUGUCUACACUGAUCUUGCCAUUCUAGUCAAUAUUGUUCAAGACUACAAAGUUACUUUUGGUCUUGAUGAUGAUGCUAUAAAAAAUCUGGCCUUGAGUGCAUCUGUGUCCUUGGAUGAUCUCAGAGCAGUAAUGAAAUCCCGACUGUCUAAAGAGGAAAUAAGCACUGAGGUUAUCAGGCAGUUACUCUCUCAGUCUGCUGAAAAUGUUGCAGUACUGACCAUUCAAGGAAUCUUCAGUUUUAUUCCGUUAAUUGGAAUGGCUGUAACAAUGCCUCUUGCACAUAAACACACCACCAAUGCUCUUUACACCUUCCUCGACAUGCUGGCAGAUGAUGCACAGAGGGUAUUCAAAAGAGCACUGGGAGUGAAGGUCUAAGGUCAGUGGGAAUUUGGCAUGGUUGUGUUAGCAUGCAAAGUAUUAAAAAAGGUUUUUGGUAUAGUGGUUAAAACACCGUACACUAAUCUUGUAAAGCAGAAGCACAUUUAGCCUUAGUGCUGAAGUCUAUAAAGCAGUUAUCCAGAUAUUGUAUUUGCAUCUAAA